GUUAUUGUCAAGAGAUAAGAACCAACCAACGCAUCGUCCACAGAAAGUGAAAAUUCAUUUCGUUAAUUUCAUUUUCAUUCGAAUUUCGCGAGUGUUAUAGAGGGUAACAGCGCCACGAACAAUUACAUUAGAUAAAGGCUAAUUAGUAAUUACCAUAGCACACCUUCUAAAUAGUGAGGAAAUAGGAAAAGAAGAAAAGCAUAAUAGAGUUGUAUAAAACAAAAAAAAAACACACACACACACCCACACGCGAACAAUGUGGACUAUAAUCGUACAAUUCGUAGGUCAAAUGACUGCCACGCCCAACAAGCAGCCGCAAUAAACCGCUGCCGGCGCUUGUGUCAACAGGAAUACUACAACUCGAAUUGCAUUAAACGCAACAACAAUAAACCUGUUAAUAAGAACAAACUAAUUGCUAUCGGCUAAAGUGCACAACAAAGCCAUUAAGUUAGCCAAAGCUAUAAGAACAACGAUUGUGGCCACACGAAUUCGCCACCCAACCACCGGAUGCCUCAAGUCAAAUACCAUUUACCGCCAACAACAACAACAGCAGCAACAUCAACAGCAACAGUAAUAGCCACAAAAUACUGCAACGCCGCGUGCAGUCAAUAAAAUGUCCAUAUCGGAUGUGCGUGCAGUUGUUGUUGAAAGCUUGGAUGAUGCGACUGCACUCGAUUUUACAGAUAUUAUAGCCAAUUUCUCAACUGAAACGCUAGCUAUGGUAAGCGAUAUUUUGGCGUCGCCGCCGAGCGCUGCGAAUGAUAUUUACAUAAAUCGUACGGUGAAGGAGCAUUGUAUGCGACUCUUGCAGACGUAUAAUCUGCAGAAAAAACAGGAAGAAGUAGAGCAACACCACCUGCUCACUGGCGACACCAACUACUAUGCGUUGCGACAUCCGACCGAUCGCAUCGUUGCCAAUUUAACCUGCCCGCCAUUCUUUGACACAGUACUCUGUUGGCCAGCUACAGCGGCAGCUACAACAGCCAAACAGCCAUGUUUUGCAGAAUUCAAAGGCGUACUUUACAAUACAACAGAGAAUGUAACGCGUCACUGCUCGGCGAAUGGUGUUUGGGACAAUUACAGCGACUACAUGAAAUGCCAACCAUCGAUAUUUUUUGCAGAUAUUUCGCCCACAGUUGAAUUAUCCUCCUACAUAUAUUUCGUUGGAUAUUUUCUAAGUUUAGCAUCGCUCAUUUUGGCGCUUAUCGUUUUCUAUUUCUUUAAAGACUUGAAAUGCCUGCGCAACACCAUACACGCGAAUUUAUUCCUUACAUACAUACUCGCCGCGCUAUUAUGGAUAUUGACGAUGUGCCUGCAUGUGAUGACCGAGCAUCCCAGUGAAGCCGGGUGCAUUAUUUUGGUUAUGAUGUUCCAUUAUUUCAAUCUAACAAACUUCUUCUGGAUGUUUGUCGAAGGUCUUUAUCUCUACACGCUGGUGGUACAAACAUUUUCCAGAGAUAAUAUUAGAUUUGGCAUAUAUACAGCCAUCGGCUGGGGCUGCCCUGCUGUUAUUACAUUUAUUUGGUCGAUCGCAAAAAUCUUCGCCACUUCUUUGGAAACAGAGCACUUCAAUGGUGUAAGUUAUGUGUAA